GAGGAAGUGCCGCCUGAACCGGAAGUGCCCAGCACUGUCCGGAAGUACUGAGUGCAGCCAUGGCGGCGGCGGCGGCGGAGAGGAUGUUGGAUCUGUUGCGGGAAGAGCGGGACAGCGAGGUGGAGCAGAGCAGGGUGUGGCAGGAGAGCGUCUCCCUGAAGGAACUGCAGAGCUGCGGCGUCUGCUUGCUGAAGCUCCAAGCUGCCACCCAGAGAACCGGCCUCUACGGGCGCCUGCUUGUUACAUUUCAGCCUGGGAGACACGACUCCAAUGCGGAGCUGCCCUGUAACAGCUUUGGCCCAGGAGACAUUGUAGGCCUUUAUGAGGGCACCGGCCAGGGCGAGCCGCUCUCUACUGGCGUCGUAACACGCAUCACCUCCAAAGCAGUGACUGUCGCCUUCGAGGAGUCCCGUGAUGGCUUGCUGAGCUUGGACCAAGAGAGCUCGUUCCGCCUCCUGAAAUUGGCCAAUGAUGUCACCUACAACAGGCUAAAAAAAGCUUUAAAUGCACUCAAGCAGUAUCGCGGCGGCCCGGCCUCUGAUCUGAUUGACGUCCUCUUCCUUUCUGCUGAUCCAAGUGCUUUCACCGAAACAAAGCCUCUGAAGCUUUACAACAACUCACUGGAUGCAUCACAGAGGGACGCCGUCGCCUUCUCACUGGCACAGAGGGAGCUCGCCAUUGUCCACGGGCCACCUGGCACAGGGAAGACCACAACGUUGGUGGAGAUCAUCUUGCAAGCUGUGCAGCAAGGCCUGAAAGUCCUGUGUUGCGCCCCUUCCAACAUUGCGGUGGAUAACCUGGUGGAAAGACUGGCUGGCUCCAAAGCCCGCAUCCUGCGCCUCGGGCACCCUGCUCGCCUGCUGGAGCCCAUCCAACAGCAUUCCUUGGACGCAGUCUUGGCCCGGGGCGACAACGCACAGAUUGUUGCAGAUAUCAGGAAGGACAUCGACCAGGCCUUUGCAAGGACCAAAAAAGCUCAAGAUAAGGGAGAGCGGAGCCAUUAUCUCAGUGAGAUUAAGGUGCUGAGAAAGGAACUAAGGGAACGAGAAGAAAGUGCCAUGGUUGCAGCCCUUACCCAUGCCAGUGUCGUCCUCUCUACGAAUACAGGGGCUUCCUUGGACGGCCCGCUGAAGCUGCUCCCUGAAAAUCACUUUGAUCUCGUGGUGAUAGACGAGUGCGCACAGGCUCUGGAAGCCAGCUGCUGGAUCCCGCUCCUGAGGGCGCCCAAGUGCGUCCUGGCCGGCGACCACAAGCAGCUUCCACCCACCAUCAUCUCGCACAAGGCGGCUGCCGAGGGCCUUUCGCUCAGCCUGAUGGAGCGUCUCAUCGCAGAGUACGGCGAGAAGGUGGUGAAGAUGCUGACGGUGCAGUACCGCAUGCACCAGGCCAUCAUGCAGUGGGCUUCCUCGGAGCUGUACGGUGGCCGGCUCACUGCUCACCCCUCGGUAGCCCAGCACUUGCUCAAGGACCUGGUGGGUGUCACCGCUACAGAAGAAACCACAAUUCCCUUGUUGCUUAUAGACACUGACGGCUGUGGCCUGUUCGAGCUGGAAGUGGAAGAUGAACGGUCGAAGGGGAAUCCAGGGGAGGUGCAGCUCGCUGGUUUGCACAUCCAGGCCUUGGUAGACGCUGGUGUGAAGGCACGUGACAUUGCUGUUGUCACCCCUUACAACCUCCAGGUGGACAUGCUACGAGAGCACCUCUGCCACCGGUACCCAGAGCUGGAAAUUAAAUCUGUUGAUGGCUUCCAAGGAAGAGAGAAGGAGGCGGUGAUCCUGUCGUUUGUGAGGUCCAACAGGAAAGGCGAGGUGGGCUUCCUUGCAGAAGACCGUCGGAUAAAUGUAGCGGUGACCCGUGCCCGGCGCCAUGUGGCUGUCAUCUGCGACACCCGCACCGUCAGCAACCAAGCCUUCCUGAAACGCCUGGUGGAUUAUUUCGGCCAGCACGGGGAGGUGCGCACGGCCUUCGAGUACCUUGACAACAUCGCCCCUGAAAACUACGCUCAGGAGGGACGCGGCGAGCGGCAGUGGGGCCUGAAGCUCCCUGCAGCGUCUGAGUCCAAAGCACAGCCGCCUCCUGGGAGGAAACCCAAAGCGGUGGUGCCCAAAGCUACGCGUCCAAAAACAGAAGCACAUUUGUCCCCCAACACGAGCGAAUCUGGGAGAGACAGCACAGGGACAAAGGACGGUGCCAAGAGAUUCAAGGCCAUGCUGGUGGCCUUCCUGGAGAGCAGCGAGCCGCAGUUGGAUUUCCCCCCAUCCCUCAAUUCCCAUGAUCGGAUGCUGGUUCACCUCAUGGCGGAGGAGUUGGGGCUGCAGCACGUGAGCACCGGUGAAGGGAGGAACCGCUACCUCAUCGUUCGCAGGAAGGAACCUGCCGAGCCUGUGCUCCCUCCAGCUUCUCCCCACAGCGAGCAGUGCUCCCCUCCUCAGCCGCAGAAUCCCGGCAGGGAAGCUCCUGUUCCUGCCGAGCCAGGAGGAAGCAACAGCAGCCCAGAGAAAGUGGACCUGAAAUCGCUGCACCUGGAGAGAGUUCAGAGGGAGAAGGCCAGGCAGGAGGCAGCAAGGAAGGCGCUGGGCCCUCAGGGCAGCGGCAGGAAAAAAGACAAAAGCGAAGCCAAAGGAAAGCCAGCGCUGAAGAGCACAGCAGGGAGCAUGGCAGAGGAAGAUAUCGACGCUCUGAUCUCUGCUGCUGUCAAAGCUGACAACACCUGUGGCUUCCCCCGUUGCAAAGUCAGCGUCACAACCCUGGGGCAGCUCUGCCUGCACUGCAACCGGCGCUACUGCCUCAGCCAUCACAUCCCGGAGGUUCAUGGCUGCGGGGAGAAGGCCAAGGCCCACGCACGGCAGAGGAUUAGCAGGGAGGGGGUUCUCUAUCCUGGGAGCGGCUCCAAAGACAAAUCCCUGGACCCAGCCACAAGAGCGCAUCUCCAACGGCGCCUGGACAAGAAGCUCAGCGAGCUGACCAGCCAAAGGAAGAGCAAAAAGAAAGACAGAGAGAAAUGAGGAGCCCAAAUGCUACUUUUUGACCUUGAAGUCACGGGUCUAAGUCCCGACACCAAAGAUGCUGCUCAUUAAAACUACGGUGCUGAGCCGAACCGAGGAAAACGUGAGCAUUCGGUUUUGGUGGCAGACAGCUUGGAGCCAGUGUGCCCAAAUACAGAGUCACUGGGCUUCCCCAAACCGCAGAGCGGAGACAGAGGAAGGCGAGUGGCUGGCUUUGUCCAGUUCCCCUUAUUGACAAAGCACUGGUGCACGUGGAGAGGCCGGAGGGUGCUGGUAGGGAUG